AUGGGGAGUGGGAUGAGCCAGUCAUGUCUGUGUCUCUUCCAGAUCCUGCCUGGCCUAUUCAUUGGCAACUUCAAAGAUGCAAGAGAUGCAGACCAAUUGAGCAGGAACAAGGUGACGCACAUUCUUUCUGUGCACGACAGUGCCAGGCCCAUGAUGGAGGGAGUUAAAUACCUGUGCAUUCCAGCAGCGGACUCACCAUCUCAAAACCUGACAAGACAUUUUAAAGAAAGUAUCAAGUUCAUUCACGAGUGCCGACUCCAGGGUGAGGGCUGUCUUGUGCACUGCUUGGCUGGAGUCUCCAGAAGUGUGACACUGGUGAUCGCGUACAUCAUGACUGUCACUGACUUUGGUUGGGAAGAUGCCUUGCACACCGUUCGAGCUGGGAGGUCCUGUGCCAAUCCCAACCUGGGCUUCCAAAGGCAGCUGCAGGAGUUUGAGAAAUAUGAAGUGAACCAGUAUCGCCAGUGGCUGAAAGAAGAAUAUGGAGAGAACCCUUUGCGAGAUGCAGAAGAAGCCAAAAGUAUUCUGGCUGCCCCAGGAAUUCUGAAGUACUGGGCCUUUCUCAGAAGACUGUAAUGUACCUGAAGUUUCUGGAAUAUUGCAAAGUUCAGGCUGGUGCUGCCAAAAAGAAAAGUGACAUAGAGUUUAUUUUUAAGUGUCCAGUAGUAAUUUGUAAACUUGUUUGUAUUUUCAUUUUAAAUUGAAAGCAUGUAUAAUCAUGUUGGAAUACAUUAAGAACUAUGGAGAUUCUGUGGCAAGAGAAAAUAUUUGCCUUAACUCCACUACUGUGGUUGUUCCUUUGCCCGACGGAUGCUCGCCCAACAGCCUCAAGAGCUCUAUCACACUGCCUCGUUCUGUUUCGUGAAGUAACUGCUUCUCAUGAACGCUGCCCAGGGAGGAAAGCUGGCAGCUGGGAAGUGUAGUGCAAACUCUGCCCUCCUGUUAAGUUCUCCAGCUCAAGACACGUCCCAGUGUGUUAUGUCAUCCAUGGCUGUUGUCUCCGUGGUAGAAUUAAUUACCAAAAGCUGCUCACGUUCAUCAAUAAAGGGCACGUCAACCAAGUCUAAUGUCAUGUGCCGUGUAUUCUUCUGUGACAUGUGAAGGCCACGUAUGUUUGUGGAGGGUCACAGUGCACCUGGUCUUGGCACGGAAGACAUGUUUCCCUCCAGAAGGCAGGCAGCAUACAUUAGG